AUGAAGAAGCGUUCCUACUUGAACCUAGAGUUUGCUUCUCCAAUGGACAAAGAUAAGGUGAUGGUGGUAGUACCAACAAUAGCCUCCAAGCCCUCCAGCAGCUCCAACUUACAAAAGAAGAAGCUUGCCAAUAACUACGAUGCAACCGAGGGCUUCUCCUACUACAACGGGUUUGGCCCGUCACGUGGCAAGAGACGUUGUAGGAACCAUCCAAAGAAAGAAAAAGAGGUGGAAGUGGAACCAUCCAAAUAUGCUUCUCCUUUGAGUCAUGCCAAAGUUGAGACUGAAGAUGGUACCAAUAGUGGGGCUACAUCUUGCGGUGAUGAUAGUGACUCCUCAAUCUAA